AUGGAAUUACCAAAAAUCAUACAAUCACAUAUACUAUCAUUCUUUGCAUUUGAAAAUGAUGUAUAUGAUCUUUGCUCAAGAGCACAUUUGGGGAAUCUUUCAGAUGUUUAUACUCUUGCAAUAAGCGCAGUAUCGAGACGGUGUCAUUUGCAAGCACAAGAUAAUCGCAUGUCUGUGGUUCAAUACCACGUCUCGUCGUCAUUGCAAAAGCAUAUGGGAGGUAAACCUGUCAAUCACUUGGUAUCAGUGUUUGAAGCACCUUUUGCAAUCCCAAAUCUAUACCAAUUGGUACAUAUUCAAUUCCCAGUGUUUAGAAAUGAAUCGAUUGAAGAGUUUGUAGAGGUGAUACCUACUAUGCGUCACAUUGAACAGAUAACAUUUACUGGUGGACUGGUAGCAUUGUUGGAGAGUAAUAAUCAACUAUCACGUGUCAAACAAAUCAAGAAUGCUCGCAAUGACUGCAUCGAGGUCAAUCUUAUAUUAUUUCUGUCACAAGGAUUUGAUGCUCUGUAUGGAUACGCCAAAGAGAUGCUGCAGACAGAGUUGUUGGACAAGUUUACAGUGUCAGAGAUGCUCAUUGGCGAUGGAGUUGAUCUAGAAGAUAUGGCUCUUUUACUGGCUACACCUACCGUCCGAGGCAUACGCGCUAUCAUUCGAUUCAAACAUUACUCUAAUCAAGUCGACCAGUUUACAUUGGCACUUGCCAACAAUCGCACACUUGUAUCUCUACGUCUCAUAAAAAUGGCAGAGUCCAAAGAUAGAGAACCUCUGGAUAUCGAGUUGUCACGUAAAGCACAAGACGUAUUUGUCAAGGCAAUGACUGCAUUUGUGUCGGACAACAAGAAACUACAAAGAUUGGGUAUUGAAGAUAUCACUUGUCUUGUACCAGACGAGGCAUUCCACAAGGCUAUUCAAUCAAGUCUAUCCCUUGCUAGACUCAAAAUCCGUGACAAGUUUAAACAGUUCACUGACCAACAGUUUAUCAGUCUAACACAAGCCAUAUGUCUUAACAAGUCACUCUCUCAAGUACAUCUUGCUCGUUUAGUUUCAAGUCAAGUAGAGUUGAUUCCAAACACCCGUACCAUCAAACUAUUCAAAGUCACAACCUAUGAAAAUCGUAACAGAGUUAUUACAAUUAUUUAA